AUGGCUGUCCCCGGUACUCAGAUCUCCAAGCGGAGAAAGUUCGUCGCCGAUGGUGUGUUCUACGCCGAGUUGAACGAGUUCUUCCAGCGCGAGCUGGCCGAGGAGGGUUACUCCGGCGUCGAGGUCCGCGUCACCCCGACCGUUACCGAUAUCAUCAUCCGCGCCACACACACCCAGGAGGUUCUUGGUGAGCAGGGUCGCCGCAUCCGCGAGCUCACCAGCCUCAUCCAGAAGCGUUUCAAGUUCCCCGAGAACUCGGUUUCCCUCUAUGCCGCCAAGGUCCAGAACCGCGGUCUCUCGGCCGUCGCCCAGUGCGAGUCCCUCCGCUACAAGCUCCUCAACGGUCUCGCCGUCCGCCGUGCCUGCUAUGGUGUGCUCCGCUUCAUCAUGGAGAGCGGUGCCAAGGGCUGCGAGGUCGUCGUCUCCGGCAAGCUGCGCGCCGCCCGCGCCAAGAGCAUGAAGUUCACCGACGGCUUCAUGAUCCACUCCGGCCAACCCGCGAAGGAUUUCAUCGACAGCGCCACCCGCCACGUACUGCUCCGCCAGGGUGUGCUCGGUAUCAAGGUCAAGAUCAUGCGCGGCAGCGACCCCGAGGGCAAGUCUGGCCCCCAGAAGUCGCUCCCUGAUGCCGUCACUAUCAUCGAGCCCAAGGAGGAGACCCCGGUUGUGCAGCCCAUGAGCCAGGACUACGGCGCCAAGGCUGCCGCUGCCCAGGCCGCCGCCGAGGAAGCCCGUGACCAGGAGGCUGCUGGUGAGGAGGAGCCCGCCCCCGCCGAGCAAUAG